GCGCGGCGCGCGCUGCCGGCGUGCGGGAGAGCGCGAGUUGCGGCGGCCCGCGCGCUGCCCGUAGGUACCAUUAAGCGAGACCGCGCUUAGGGGCGAAUGCGGAGGAAGAGGAGCGCUGAUCCUGAGCAAAGCCCCGGGAGGCCUGCCCCAGCCCCUGCCAGCGCUGAGGCGGUGGCAGGUAGCGUCGGGUGCGCCAGGCGGAGCUGCGUGGGAUCCGGCACCCUGCUCCGCACAGGCCGGGGAACGCGUCCCUGAAGGAGGGCAGGGCGUGGAAACCGCAUGACUUUAAUCCUUCCCUCUCCAUCCCCAGAUGGGCUGAGAGAAGCGGUCCCGAGGUGUGUGGAAGGUGCUGGGACGAGGCCCCAAGGGGUUUACCAGUGGCCCGGGUCCGGCCUCUGGAGGUCCCGCCCUCACGAGAGUGUCUGCCCCGCCGCAGGUUCACCCCUAGUGAGCCGCGACAAGGUCUGGCGGAGCGCUCCCAGCUUAACAGGCAGCCCAGCUCCUGUCUACAGGCCUCUCCGCUGACUUGGCCAGCGCUGGCAGAGGACAGCAAGAACAACGGAACGCUCUCCUGCCUGAGCUGGCCCCUGCGCGGACGAUACCCAAAGCCAGUCUAACAGCCCUCCAUGCAGCUGCCCCAGAAGAUGGAAGAGAAAAGGACCUGUCUUCAUAGGAGAGGUGUUCGAGCCCUCUGGUCAUCUCUGUGGCCCUCAUCUGGACUUUCUCCAACAGCCCCAUGUCCUUCUUAUGUUGGAGGCCCCAGAGCUGGAUGCAGUAUUUCAGGUGAUUUCAAGACUUUUUGGAAACAAUUGGGAGGUAGAAGAGUGGACGUUAUAUUUGAGCAGGUGCAAAAUGUGCUGCUGUUGCUAAAGCAAAAGAUCAAGAAUGGAACUGCCACAAACCAAGAAUGCUGGCAGGCUUGGGCACUGGUCAAUGAAGCUAAUCUAGGUGACCUCUUAACCUUGACAAAAGUAAGUGAUGUCUUUGAAGGAGAUGGCAUACAGGAAACCAAACCCAAAUUGCAACGUCUUCCCACAGACGAUAACACUGCAAACUCUGCAGAAGGUUCUCACAGUAGCAAAAACAAGGAGACAGAAAAAACAAGUUCAGAAACUAAAGAAGCAUCUAGUAAAAUUCAAGAUUUACCUUUAAACCUGCAGUAUCAGAACCACAAGUGCUCUAGUGCAUGUCUUGCCAACAGAACAGCGGGCUCUGUCUACAAGGGUGAAAAUCCUCUGAAGAUACCAAUCCUGUUUCACUUUCAGCGCCGACAUGCAAAAGCAGACUGCCUUUCAAAAUCCCUGGACGUCAACUACAAAGCUCCUUGUGGCCGAAGCCUGAGAAGCUUUCAGGACGUGCAAAACUAUUUGUUUGAAACAGAGUGCAAUUUCUUAUUUGUCGAUCACUUCUCCUUCAACACAUACGUACUGUUGGGCAGGAACACCGUAAACCCCGAACCCCUCGUGUUUGAUUUUGAUAUUAGCAAUGGGGCCGAAUCUGUGCCCGUUUCCUUCUGUAAUGAUCUGGACCGUGCCAGGUUACCUUAUUUCAAAUACCGGAGGGCGUCGUGGCCUCGUGGGUAUUAUCUCAACAAUCUCUCCAGCAUGUUUGUUGAUUCAUGUGACUGCACAGAUGGCUGCAUUGAUAGGUCAAAAUGUGCAUGCCUACAGUUAACUGCAAGAGGCUGUAGUAGAAUUUCUCUAUCUCCAGGUAGAAAAACAUCCUAUGGAUACAGUUACAAAAGACUGGAGGGACCUGUUCCUAGUGGAAUUUAUGAGUGUAGUGUGUUGUGCAGGUGUGACAAGAUGAUGUGUCAGAACAGAGUUGUACAACAUGGCAUUCAAGUCAGGUUGCAAGUCUUCAACACGGAGAAGAAAGGCUGGGGCGUCCGCUGCCUGGAUGAUAUCGACAAAGGGACAUUUGUUUGUACUUACUCAGGCAGAUUGAUGAGCAGAGCUGAAGUUCAAGUAUUGGGAGAUGCUAGUCAAGAGCAGAAUGAGAAGAGUGACGGAAGCCAGGGAUAUUUUUCAAAAAAAAGAAAACUUGACACUGAUUCUUCAGACUCUGGAAUUGAACUAGUGCAGUGUGGCAAAAAUGAUGUUCUUGAGAAGCAGGAAUCUUCAUCUCAGACUGUGGAUAAUGAAAAUAAAUCAACCCUGGUUCAUCCAAGGAAUUUAAGUAUUGCAGCUACAAGAAGGCCUGGAACUAGAACAGUUGUUUUUCAUAAUCACCAUCUGGAAAUGGAAAUUGAUACACUGGUGCACAGUGCCACCUCAGAUGAAGAUAAUAGUUCUCAGAUUCAUCAGUCAAGCAAAACAAAACUAACCAGUGGGACAAAGAAAGGAAAAGAAAAAUCCACUCAGCAGCAGAAGAAAGAACAUCCAAUGAAAACUGGACAGAAUGAGUCUGCUGACAUGGACAGGUCAGAAUGCAAAAGAAAGAGUCUGUCUCUGCAGGGUGCUGAUCGUGGCCAGUCAGGUGUGCUGGAUGACAUGUUUAUUGUGAGGCCGUCCAAAAAUGUACCACUAAAAGCUGACUGCAAAGAGGAAAAUCACAGACAGUCAAAACAAGGCUCAGUUUGUGAGGAAGCUGAUGGUGACAGGAUGCUUCUGAAGAAUGCUAAUGAAGAAAAUAUUUAUGUACUGGAUGCAACAAAAGAAGGAAAUGUGGGUCGUUUUCUUAACCACAGCUGCUGCCCAAAUCUAUUUGCUCAGAGCGUAUUUGUAGAGACUCACAACAGAAGCUUCCCAUGGGUGGCAUUCUUCACAAACAGGCAUGUGAAAGCUGGAACUGAACUCACGUGGGAUUAUGGUUACAAAGCUGGAAGCAUGCCAGAGACAGAGAUUUCCUGUCAGUGUGGAGUUCAGAAGUGCAGGAAGAAAACCUUGUAGGAAGAGCUUUCCUACUGUCACCACAUCAAGUACCUGGAGACUUACAUGCUGGAUGGGACUAUAACACAGCCAACAGUACGCUUCAGUCUGUGGUGCUAAUUCCAUUCGAAUAAAAUGCCUUUCACCUGAUCAUUUUUUAAAUUUACAUUUAAAUAUCACUUUUGUAUU